AGACUCUGAUCAGUUGACGAUCGGAUAAUUUGACAGCCUGAUAAGUUGAAGGUCUGUUAAGUUGACAGUCUGUUAAGUUGACAGUCUGAUAGGUUGACGGUUCGAUAAGUUGACGGUCUGUUAAGUUGAGAGUCUGAUUGGUUGACGGUUCGAUAAGUUGACGGUCUGAAAAGUUGCUGGUCUCAUAAGUUGACGGUCUCAUACGUUUACAGUCCCAUAAGUUGACAGUUAAAGUUGAUGGUCUGGUAGUAGAUAAAAGGACAAGUGAUAAAACUGACUAUGCGUUGGACAAGUAGACGGACAAGUUGAAGGACAAGUGAUAGUUUGCCCACAUGGUAUAAAGAUCACCAAGGAUCUAAGCUCUGAUACCGAUCUGUAGGACACUGAAUGGCUUGGAGAAAUUAUUGUUGUAAUAGCUAAAUAUAAGAGUUGCAGGUGACUUCAAAAUCUUUGCCAAUUGUUAUUCGUCAUCCAAUCAACACGAUUGAACCGCAAUACCCGUGAACAUCUCUAGAUGUCGUUAUAAUACCUUCAACUAAGGACCAGGCACCUCCACUACCUCAGGCAAUGGGCGACCUCCUUUUUUCUAAGGUACCUUUGAUCUGGAUUGUUUUACUGCCUAAGCAACUUUAUACCCUCUUAGUAAAACAACUUUGUAGCCCCAAAAUUAAUAAAAUAGUAACCUUUUGCUAUUCUAUAAGGGAAUUUAAAAAAAAAAUUAGAACACCUUGCAAUUGAAAAUAAUAUUAUUGUCACAAGAAAGAUCUUGAAAAACAUCAGAAAACAUAAAUUUAUUUAGCGCCAUUUGCUGGUUGUGAUCUGAACUAAUCCUGAACUAAACUAAAUCUUACAGCAAAUUGUGCUAGCAUAAAUGUGGCAAUAUUGUAGAUCCUGUAACCAACAGAGCUGUUUUUUUGUUAAUUAUCCUGACGUAGAUUAUAUAUGGAACACAGAUAAAUCUUAACAAAUGCAAAGUUGUUUAAAACAAUUCAUAUGAACGAUAUUGUGCUAAACUUACAAAAUUAAGUUCCUAACAACGGAAAUGAAGAAUCAGUGUCAAUUCCCAUGCCGACAACCAUUGCAACUUCAAGCGCAAGCGUAAUAUCGUUGGAACAGGUUCUAAUUAGAAUCCUGCCGAGGAACAUUAGGAUGAUGAAAAAUUUCUUUUCCGACACAAAUUAGCUUCCGGCUGGAAGGACAACGCAGCUUCAACGAGCGUACCAUCCAUUUAAGAACGAACGACAAAAAUCUAAUCGUUCUGUAAGCUUGUAGCAAACGGUCCGGCACCGUUACAUUAUAAUCGACAAAAUUUUUGUAAAACUAAUUACCUCAAACCAAUUCUACGGUAAUUCCAUUAGUACACCGGUGGCCAUUAGUACAUGAGCAGGUCUGCUUCUAUUUGUGCUUCCGGUUUUGUAUCCGCUUACCCAACGGCUGGUGAGUUCUUUUCCAUUUUACGGUAAAUUAGCACCACCGGUGGUCUUAAGCGCGUUGGAACGUUUAGUGGAGAGAUUCUGAACGUAAGAAAAAGGUUAAAGCGAACAGUAGCUACAACAAAACAAAAAAGAUGCACUACUUUACUUUAGAAAGAGAGAGAAAGAGAAAGAGAGAAAGAGAGACAGAGAGAGAAAUAGAAAGAGAACAAAAAACAAGCAUAAACGAUGUGAAUAAAGUGUCAAUUCACUCAACCACCGUUCCUGCGUGAUGUUCGCCGUACAGCUUCACGACAUCGGUUUUUGUGUGUGGUCGGUUUUUUUCUGUUUUGCUUACGCUGUCGCGAAAGAUAGUCUUCCCGCCUGGUAUCACUAUUUAUCACACUGCGGUUGGAUUAAAUCAUCAGACAGGGAGGGAACGAUCAAGCUCCCGUGUCGUACUUCGCCCGUCACGCGUUACCGUUUGUGGUUAGCAAACGUCCAAAACAAACCGGGUAGAAACUAACCUGACUUUCCUAACCCAUAGUCACCUAUACAAUCCGUUUUCCAUGGCCAACGUGUAAAUACCACAUCGUUCGGCUCCAGAGAUAAACGGCGUAAGAUGUGGCCCGGUUUUAUAUGCAAACUUUACACGGACCUUCCGGUCAUGGGAAGGUUUCCCUUUACUACAACACAAAAAGUGCUUCAAGGUCCGUGGGUAGAUGUGAAGAGUACGGAUUGCGGUGAAAUUGAACUGGGCGACAAAAAGAGCUAAUGAGGCGCUUUACUGCUGCUGCCGGUACGAUAGCGCACCCUUCGUUUGUCAGUUGAUGGCCGGUUGAUCUCUUAUCUUGCUAGCGCAUUGGCUAAGAAGAUAUCAAGUGCGAGGAGCAAGAAAAAAACUCUCACUAAUUGAAGGUGCAAGCGUAGAAUGGUGGAUUGAACGGAAUGGAAGCACAACAUCUUUAGUUAUCCGACAGUUUGGUACGCUGUGCAAUGGGUGCAAUGGUGAUCUUCUUUCAAUUUGUACCAUCGAUUCCGACGCAUUUGCUGUUUGCUGUUCGUACCGGUUUACAGCAUCCGAGUGCAGGAGUGAUGUGAGCAGCGUGUGUAAAGCUGUUAGCCUACCUUCCAGGCGCACGGCGUUAGUGGUUCGUACGAACAGCGGUGUUCGACAGAGUUGCAUUAGAGUGGUGCUUAUCAUCGACCCGUUGUCAGUGCACGAUGCGGAGAUAAUAAAAAAAAUGCCACAAAGCAAGGAUAUGCAAUCGUGCAUGGUGAAGUGCAUCGGUGUGCAAUAAAAAAAUUUAACGACAAUGUUGUGCGGUCACUGUGCCUGUGUGUCUGUGUGGGAAAAUGCAAUUGACAUCCGGUGUCAUUGGCAUGCCAUGCGAUUACUAUGAGCGAUAGCGUACAUCGGUACGUGACGGUUGUGCUGACGGUUGUUGGUGCUGUACCGGUUAGUGUUCCCAUAUCUACAUUUUAUGGUAAUUCUGGGCCAUCGUGUGCUUUUCGGUGUCUACAUAGGCAAUGUUCGUGUGGUCAAAUGUCUGCCUUCUUAUCAGAAGUGCUGACACCAGAGCGCUGUAACGGCUAAUUGCUGCCAGCAAAGAUGACGAUAGACACGCAUUGUUGCUAACCGUAGUGUAAAAUUCAAAAGAAAAAUAGGGCCCACCAAAAAAAAUAAAAUCACAACAACAAGCGCGGUGAUGAACACGUACCGUCAUGAGAGAACGAACGAAAGCUUAAGAACAAUCCACCAUUUUGCGGUAGGUUGCGUUGUGUGUCGUGAGUGUGUGUGUGUGUGUGUGAGCGAGAAAUCUAAUCGCGUACAAAUCUAUCGAAAACCACCAUGGAGUCGACCGUGGUGAAUGUGACAUCACUCGCAUGGUCGUCAUCAUCGACCAUGCCAGCGAUGCUGCUGCCGGAAAAUACGUACGGUAGCUUUCCUACCGGCGGUGUCACUAUGUCGCUGGACGUUCUGCUGGGCUUUGGUCUGUUCGAAGCGAACGGUACCAUCGCCGAGAACGCAACUACCGAUCCCACCGAACAGCCCCAUCCGUGCGAUCCAUCGAGCGAUGAUUUCGAUUGUUCCGUGAAAGACUUUCUCGUGUACGCCAGAGGACCACAGCGAAUGCCACUCUUCACCGCGAUGCUGGUCACAAUCCUGUUCGUGGGCAUCUUGGUGACUGGUGUGAUUGGAAACUUGAUUGUGUGCCUCGUGAUCAUUCGACAUCCGUCGAUGCGUACCGCUACCAAUUAUUACCUGUUCAGUCUGGCCGUGUCAGAUCUCAUAUUUCUAUUGCUAGGACUUCCAUACGAGAUUAGCCUUUACUGGCACCAGUAUCCGUACAAUCUCGGUUUACCAUUUUGCAAAAUCCGCGCACUCAUCUCGGAAGCCUCCACGUACGUUUCGGUACUGACCAUCGUCGCCUUCUCGAUGGAGCGCUUCCUUGCCAUUUGCCAUCCGCUGCAUCUUUACACAAUGUCCGGUCUGCAGCGGCCGGUACGCAUCAUUGCCGGGCUGUGGAUCGUGAGCCUGCUGAGUGCCGUCCCGUUUGCCAUCUUUACCGACAUCGAUUACAUCGUUUAUCCGCCAACAAACGAGAAAAUCCUCGACUCAGCGUUCUGUGCCAUGCUAAGCAAUCCGGAAGGAUUUCCACUGUGGGAGCUGUCGACCUGUCUAUUCUUUGCCUUUCCGAUGCUCAUCAUGGUCGUGCUGUACGGGCGCAUGGGAAUGCAGAUACGAUCCCGCACCCAGCGAACCGCUGAACUUGGCGUUCGCAAUGGAUCGGUUAAUGGACCAUCUAGGAUAUCACAGUCACGGAAAGCCAUCAUCCGGAUGCUCGCGGCCGUUGUGAUAACGUUCUUCGUUUGCUGGGCGCCGUUUCACGCGCAACGGCUUCUCUUUCUGUACGCCCGCGACUGGCAACACUUCAACACGGUCAACACGUGGCUCUUUUCCGUGGCCGGUUGGCUGUAUUACGUUUCCUGCACCAUCAAUCCGAUCCUGUACAAUGUGAUGUCACAUCGGUAUCGGGUUGCAUUUCGAGAAACGCUCUGCGGACGGCGGCGUGGCUUCGGUACCGGGUUUGCGCGCGAUCAGUCCAGCUUCCGGGAGACGACAAUCGAUGUCAAUAUAGCGGGCGGUGGUAACGGUGCUAGCAGCUACGGUGGCUACGAAAGUUCUCGAUUGCUACGGGCACGAUCGAUGAUGCAAUCCAAACGAUCCCGAUUUCGGGGCACGCUGCAUACGAACAACAGUAUACGGUACAGUGACAACUGCAUUCGGCGGAAUUCCCUACAGAUUGGCAACAUGCCCAGCAGCAGGAACUCACUGUCACCGAACCUUACUACCGAUGUUGUCGUGAUGCUGGAGAACAAUCUUAACGGACGGCCACGGUGCUAUACCACAUCCGCUACCACACUCGUCACGAAUGUUGUCUCGAGCAAUUCGACCGUGACGGAAAAUAGCUUCAAGAUACCGCUGAUAAGCAUUGACCGACCGGUCGGUACGGAGCGAACCGUUGUACCGCUGGCCGGCAGCCAUAGUGGAAGCUGUACAAGCAUGGAACCGGCUACCAAUUCACACCUGAACGGUGGUGGAAACCUCAACAAUAGUAAUAAUAGCACCCAUACCAAUAACAAUAACAGUGGGUGCAACAAUAGAAACUAUGAUGUGCCGGAUGUAUCCACCACGGAACAGGUGGACCACCCGUCUGGAUCGUCUGCAUCAUCAGCUGCAACUUCACCAUUGCUCGCCUUACCGGCUGUUACGGUUGUGCGGGAAGGUGAGCUUCAUCAACCUUCAGUAAACCACCAGACGAUGGCAGAGGAACCGGGAACGAAUGGAACAUUGCCACAGGAUGAACAACCCAGUCCGGAUAUACCCACCGUAACGACGACAUUUCACUACCACCCGAACCUUCUUCAGCAACGCUGCGGGGAAAUGGAGGAAGUGGUACUACUGACCGAUACAAAGCGUGAAACGUGCAUUUAACAGUACGGCACGGACCGAGUGGAUAGCGACCGAAGGAAAACUGCAAGAUGCGUUAAAAAGAGAGAUACUCAGACUGGUGGUGUGCGAACCGGGUAGUACUUUCAUGCCCGUGCACAAACGACACACGUGACACACGCGACACGUGAGUGAACGUUGACAACAACAACAAAAAAAAAAAAAGAAAGCCCAAAGAAAGUGUUGUUGUUGCACAGUUGCCACAGUUUAGUUUAAAUUGUUACGAUGAUCUUACCGAUUACCAUCGAUUUAUUAGUAUGUACCAGAAAGGGCACGAUAGACGACGAAACGGAACAAAGAUGUACAACAAUGUGAUGAUGAGCUUACUAAUUAAUCCGAACUGUUUCCGAACUGCUUUUUUUGUUUGUUAUUUUUUGGUUAACGUGAUCUAAUCUUCCGAACUACCGCAUGAUUGGUAUGGUGUUGUGGAAUAUGAAACUGACUUUAACGUAUUAGCUUAGUGGUAAAGAACACUAAAAAACACACACAACUAGCCAAACAAAAUGUGCAUAUAAAACGUGUGAAAUGAUAAAAUGAGGCAGGAAUGUGUGAGCUGCACAGACAGAAACUAAUGGUACAAACAGUUAAUCUCCGCACACAAUACUUACCAUAAAGCGAAUGCCCUGUCCAUGAGUCUCGAUUGGUUUCUGUUUGAUUCUGUUUCUAUUUUCCGCCCAUCCUGUUAAGUCUAAAUUAUGACACUAGUUUUUCGUUUGUCUCGCUAUAUUGCCCUUCCAUGAAGUUCCGGGAAUGUCUUCUUUCUCUUAAAGUACUUAAAAAGUUUUCAUGUAAGAUUAUUUGCCAUAAAUUGUAACUACUCCUAGAAAGCUACUCUGAUGAUCAUCUUUCCCACUUCGGGGAUGUUGCGAUAUGUUAUUGCUCAUUUUACUAACUUUCUUUGUUGUAAAAAAAACCAGACCAACCGACCAAUAUGGCGAUUAGAAAACUGUUUGAAGAGGAUUACAUUUACACGUUUUAUGGGAUGCAUGGUACGGAUGUGGUUUGUUGGGAAAAUCUCCACAGGACAAAAUGAUCCGGGAAGGUGAAAAAAAUCUAGACAGACAAAAAGAACGCUUCUGGCGAAAUCAUGUAAAACGCCCUGAAGGAUCCCUUGAACUGAACAUGCAAAAAAAAAAAAAUGACCGGAACUUCAAACAUACACACACACACAUUCACGGGUACAUAGAUCUUGGAAGAGGGGAUAUGUUUGUUGUAUACAGAGGAUAAAUAAAAGUUUAAGAUUAUUGUA